ACGAGACAACUACCGUUGCCCCUGACCAAAACCAGGCGACCUUAUGUCACUCUUCCCUGUAUCUCCGGAUUUCAUCUUCGUCGUGUAAGAGGAACAAAACCUCCACCGCCACCAACAGCAGCAGCAGAAGAAGAAGAAGAAAUGGUGGCCAAACCCAUCAAUAAAACUCCCACGAAAUCCGUCAAAGAUCGCCGGAAUCGCCGCAGAAAGAAGUCGCCCCUAAAGCAUGUCUCCAACGUCGUCGCUUCCAUCAACAGAUCCUUCUUCAUAUGCCAACGUCGCCUCGUCAAGAUCUUCAACAAAUUAGCCAAGAUCGGCACCCCAAGUCACCGAAAGAGAGGGUUCCAGAUCUUGAAGAAAUGCAAAAUCGAGGACGAAGAAGAAGCAGAAGCAGCAGCAGCAGAGAUUGCAUCGAGUCCGGUCUGCCGAUCUCUGUUUCACAGUAAUGGGCUUCCACCUUUGAGUUGUCCCGAGAAAAAGACGGUCUUUUUGGACCUUGAUGAGACUCUGAUUCAUUCCAAGCCAGACCCACCGCCGGAGAGGUACGAUUUCGUGGUGCGGCCGAGAAUCGAAGGGGAAUUCAUAGAUUUCUAUGUGUUGAAGCGUCCAGGCUUGGAGGAGCUAUUGGAUGCCAUAGGAGAGAAGUUCGAGAUUGUGGUUUUCACUGCGGGAUUGAAAGAGUAUGCCUCCUUGGUUCUGGAUAAGAUUGAUCCCAAGGGUUUGAUCUCUCAUCGACUCUACAGGGAUUCUUGCAAGGAGAUGGAUGGGAAAUUUGUGAAGGAUUUGUCGGAGAUGGAAAGGGAUUUGAGUAGGGUUGUGAUUGUUGAUGAUAAUCCGAACGCUUACAUGUUCCAACCUGAGAACGCACUCACUGUUCGUCCUUUCGUGGAUGAUAUUCAAGACCAAGAGCUUCAACGGGUGAUCAGGUUCUUCGAAUUCGCUGAUUGCUUUGAGGAUAUGAGGGAUGCCGUCAAGAAUUAUAUCUCUUAUGCUCCGGCCAACCAGAACUCUUAGAUCAUCUCUAAUGUUAAUUUAGAACCUUUUUUUUUUUUUUACUGGAGAUCAGUAACUUAAAAUUGUCUUUCCUUUUAGAAUUCUUUUCUUUGUGGAGAUCAAUCUUUGUUGAAAAAUGUCAUUUGGAAGGAAGAAAUAAUGUUUCAGAUUUAUUCA